AUGUCUAAAAAACCAUCGAAUUCGCCAACCCAACAAGUAUCAAACAAGCAACAAGACUUGUCCGAUCAAGAGGAUGAUGUGAGCCCACAAAUACGGCCUGCCUUCACGGGCUUUCAAAAAUUUAUGAAUGCAAUAUUUAUCAUCUCCAUGUGCAUAGACUAUCUUCUUAGCGGUUUCGGAUACGUGUAUUACACGAAAGAUGCCAUGCAAUCCAUGACAAUUUUUGAGACUCUUGAUGGAAUUUCAUCAACACCUGGACAGCCAAAACAAAUCAUAGGGAUUGGAAUUUUAUCCAUGUUAUUAACGCAAUUAGGAUGGAUUUAUAUUGCGUUAGGAAUUUUGGGUCUGUUAUCUUUAUUUGCUUUUACUCGGAGGAGCAUGUUGCUCUUUCUCAUGUCUCUUGUGAUGGUGAUUACGACUUGUACAAAAAUACUUUACAUUAUCAAAAACAAUCCUCAUGAAACACUCUCGUCAGAAUUGAUAGAAAUUGUGAAAUUUGAAGUCGUUCGGCUUGUGAUUGCUUUACUGGUCUGGUUCAUUUCUUUCGUGGAAUAUGUGAGAAUUGAAAAAUAUUUACCUGGAGCCUCCGUUGCGCCAAAAAACAAGCAAGAUUAA